GCGGCGGGACUGGGAAUGCCGGGCUCCCGAGGCAGCCUUGCCUCCUCCUCCUUUCCCCCCUCCCCGCCUCCUCCUCCUCCUUCCUCCUCCUCCUCCUCCGGAGCGGGGCGCAUGAUGGCGGCAGCCGCCGCAGCGGCGGUGAGCAGCGCCGGCAGCAGCAGCACCGACACGUCCAGCACAGGCGAGGAGGAGAGGAUGAGGCGCCUCUUCCAGACCUGCGACGGCGAUGGGGAUGGCUUCAUCAGCAGGAAUGACUUGCUGAUGGUGUGCCGCCAGCUGAAUAUGGAGGCGUCUGUUGCAGAGAUCAUGUGCCAGCUGGGAGCAGAUGAAAAUGGAAAAGUUUCCUUCCAGGAUUUUAGUCAGUGCCACAUGGAACUGGUACAGGAAAUCAAGAAGGAGGAAGUGGAGCUUUCUGUGAAAUCGGAUGACUCUUGUAAAAAGAAAAAGUUAAGGGAUAGAGUAGCUUCCUGGCCAACUAGCAGCAAUAACAGUUUAGGUGCCUUAUCAGGAGCCAGAGAAAGCUGGGAGUAUGAUUCGGGAGCGAGAGAUCUUCAGAGUCCAGACCUCCAUAGUCAUUUUCCUCUACAAAAGGUGUUGGAGUAUGGUGGAAGCAAUGUGACUCAACAGGCUGCUCUGCAAAAACUUCUAGCCCAGGCCUCAAAUCGUAGCAACUCGAUUGGAACAAGCUACGUAGAACUUGCCAACACUCUUCAUUUAGCAGCCCUGGCUUCAUUAAAGGGAGACAUCGCGGAGCUUAAUAAGCGUCUACAACAAACAGAAAAGGAGCGUGACCUGUUGGAAAAGAAAUUGGCAAAAGCACAGUGUGAGCAGUCCCACCUGAUGAGAGAGCAUGAGGAUGUGCAGGAGCGAACCACGCUGCGCUACGAGGAGCGGAUCACGGAGCUGCACAGCAUCAUUGCCGAGCUCAACAAGAAAAUUGACCGGCUGCAGGGAGCAACCAUAAGGGAGGAGGAUGAGUACUCAGAGCUGCAGUCAGAGCUGAGCCAAAGCCAGCAGGAGGUUAACGAAGACUCGCGCAGCAUGGACCAGAACUCUGUCUCAGUGCCAGAAAACCAGUCCACCAUGGUCACUGCAGAUGUGGAUAACUGUAGUGACUUGAAUUCAGAACUGCAGAGAGUGCUGACAGGUCUGGAAAAUGUUGUCUGUGGGAGGAAGAAAAGCAGCUGCAGUUUAUCGGUGGCAGAAGUGGACAGGCACAUUGAACAACUCACUACUGCCAGCGAACACUGUGAUUUAGCCAUUAAGACCGUGGAGGAGAUUGAGGGUGUGCUGGGACGUGACCUUUAUCCAAACCUGUCUGAGGAGAGGUCUCGGUGGGAAAAGGAACUGGCUGGCCUGCGGGAAGAGAAUGAGAGCCUCACAGCCAUGCUGUGCAGCAAGGAGGAGGAGCUCAACAGGACCAAGGCCACCAUGAAUGCUGUCCGUGAGGAGAGGGACAGGCUGCGUAGAAGGGUUCGGGAGCUGCAGACUCGGUUGCAGAGUGUGCAGGCCACGGGCCCAUCCAGCCCGAGCCGCCUCACUCCUGCCAACCGCCCUGUCAACCCCAGCACGGGAGAGCUGAGCACCAGCAGCAGCAGCAAUGACAUUCCCAUUGCCAAGAUUGCUGAAAGAGUGAAGUUGUCAAAGACAAGAUCAGAGUCUUCAUCAUCUGAUAGACCUGUCUUAGGAUCAGAAAUCAGCAGCAUAGGGGUGUCUAGUACUGUGGCUGAACAUUUGGCACAUUCCCUUCAAGACUGCUCAAACAUCCAGGAAAUCUUCCAGACUCUCUAUUCACAUGGAUCUGCUAUUUCUGAAAGUAAAAUCCGAGAGUUUGAAGUGGAGACGGAGAGAUUAAAUAGCCGUAUUGAACACCUGAAAUCCCAGAACGACUUGCUGACAAUAACACUGGAGGAGUGCAAGAGCAAUGCAGAGAGGAUGAGCAUGCUUGUGGGCAAAUACGAGUCCAAUGCCACAGCCCUCAGGCUGGCAUUGCAGUACAGUGAACAGUGCAUAGAAGCAUAUGAGCUGCUGUUAGCAUUGGCAGAAAGUGAGCAGAGUCUCAUUCUUGGACAGUUCAGAGCUGCAGGUGUUGGUUCUGUUGGGGACCAGACUGGUGAUGAAAAUGUCACACAGAUGCUUAAGAGAGCUCAUGACUGCAGGAAGACAGCUGAGAAUGCAGCAAAAGCCUUGCUGAUGAAGCUGGAUGGGAGCUGUGGGGGAGCCUAUGCAGUCACAGGCUGUAGUGUGCAGCCCUGGGAAAGCCUGUCCUCCAACAGCCAUACCAGUACUACCAGCUCAACUGCAAGCAGUUGUGACACAGAGUUUACGAAGGAGGAUGAGCAGCGGCUGAAGGAUUACAUCCAGCAGCUGAAAAAUGACAGGGCAGCAGUGAAACUGACAAUGCUGGAGCUGGAAAGCAUCCACAUUGAUCCCCUUAGUUAUGAUGUUAAGCCACGUGGAGACAACCAGAGGCUGGACCUGGAAAAUGCAGUUUUGAUGCAGGAACUCAUGGCAAUGAAGGAAGAGAUGGCAGAGCUCAAGGCACAGCUUUACCUUCUGGAGAAGGAGAAGAAGGCUUUGGAAUUAAAGCUGAGCACUCGAGAGGCCCAGGAGCAGGCCUACCUUGUCCAUAUUGAGCACUUGAAGUCUGAAGUGGAAGAACAGAAAGAGCAGAGAAUAAGGUCUCUCAGCUCAACCAGCAGUGGAAGCAAAGACAAACUGGGCAAGGAAUGCAGUGAUGGCACUGCAACACCGCUAACGCUUGCUGAGCUGAGACCGUACAAUGAGAGUGAACUGACUGCUGAGCUGACAAAUGCACUCAGGAGGGAGAAGAAACUGAAAGCAAGAGUGCAGGAAUUAGUGAGUGCUUUGGAGAGACUCACGAAGAGCAGCGAAAUCAGACAUCAGCAGUCUGCAGAAUUUGUUAAUGACCUUAAAAGGGCAAACAGCAACUUGGUAGCAGCUUAUGAAAAAGCAAAGAAAAAGCAUCAAAAUAAGCUGAAGAAACUGGAAUCACAAAUGAUGGCCAUGGUGGAGAGACAUGAAACCCAAGUAAGAAUGCUCAAACAAAGAAUAGCUUUAUUGGAAGAAGAGAACUCCAGACCACACACCAAUGAAACUUCACUUUAAAUGCAUCUCUUUAAAGGAUGCUUAGUGCCAUUACAACUUUCUUUCUUUUGGAGGUUGACUUUUAGGUAGCUUCAGAUGUUAAAAGCUCUGAUUGUCAAUACUGACAAAACAUAAAAGCACCUUCUCUGGAAUGCCAGAGAGGUGUCAUGGGGAUAAUAAAAGUGUUAACCUUAAAGACUCUAACAUAAUGUAAAAUGGCAGUGCCUGAAUUAUCAUGCUAUAAUUGUGUACAUUGUCUGUGUUGUUACGUCUGUAGUCAAACAGCUUGUUUUCUAUUUUACUGAUGGUCCAUGGGUGACAGUGUCACACAGCAGAAUAAUUCAUGUUAAGAGGUUUUCCUUUGGGUAGUUUGGAGAUCAUAUGAGAGUUUUACCAGUCCCUGAGCUCUCUCUGCACAGAAGUCUAUACUGUACCCUCAAGACUCGCUGUUGUGGUUAUGCUACCAAACAGGCAGCUGCAGAGUGGGGAUGGCAGCCUGGCUGACUUUUUCUUUGCACUCUGUUUGCAGUUCUGCUGCUCACAGUGCAGGUCAGGUAGGAAAAAAUUGAUUUGGGAAAAAACCAAGAAAGCGUAGUUGCAUCUCUGAGAAUUAUGAUAAAGGUGUAAUUCUUUCAGUGCCUCAGAGGGCCAAAGGCUGUGGGUUUCACCAUGUCACACAGAUGGUCUGUGCCAAGGGUGGGUAAGAAAUUACAGAAGACCUCCUGGUAUUUAUAUUGCAUAGUGUUUGCAACUACUUUGUAAAAAAAAGAUGUUUUUUCUUGCUAUAUACUCUAUAUCCAAGGUUUUCUUCAAGAAGCUGGGCCAUUUUUGUCACUUGUGUUGUGCUUAUUAAAGCUUACUGUGAUCAAGAGGUAGAAUAUCUUCUUUUCAUACUUUUUUUUUGACCAAAAAAAGGUACUUAAAAGGUACCUGUUUAAUACUGAAUACAUAGGCACAAAACUAUAAAUGUGUAGGUGUAUGGAUAUCCAGCCACAAACAGAAUGUGAAUGGUGAAGUCUUACAACUUUUUAGGUUAGUUUUUGUUACUGCUAACAUUCUCUUGUUUAAAUCACCUAUUACUGUAUUAUCAAACUGACUAAAGUGCAAAUUUUGACUUGUUAGGUUAAUGAACAUUAAGCAAAUCAUGGGGAUCAGGUUGAUUUCUGUAGGGGUCAAAAUACAGGAGUCUGCCAUAGCACCUGUUACAUUAAGAAUUUGCUUUUGUUUGACAGAGUACGUAAAACAGCUUCAUGUGUGUUUUAAAAACUCAAGCUAUAGUCCCUUCACUGUGUUAGCCUGCUGCUGUGUUAUGCCUCUGCUUUGCAUUUUCCAGGCUGAUUUCCAGUGAAUCUGAUUUCAGGAGAUGUUUAAUCGUUUUUGCUUUACAUGUUGAGUUGCACCUCAUGUUUUUUACUAGUGUAUUUAGAAUUAUGGUAACUUCUCUCAUUUAUUCCUCCCAUUACUAGUACUAAAGAAAUACUUUUAGGGAACGUUUUUUUGCCUACUGUUGGGUUAGGUCAGUCAGACAACAUCAUUGUGGGAAUUUGUGUCCAGAAUAUAACAUUAUUGUUAAGUCUUGGUUAUAUCUGGAACUGUAGCAGUUGGUUUUCCAUUUCUUACUACUGCAGCUGCUGUUGUCUUCUGUCCUUAGAGUAGUCAUUCUUACUUCUCUGGAGUCUAGCACAUUAUACACAAAGCCAGCAUCACACGUGUUUGAUUGCAACAGCAGAUUAAAACAGUGCUGAUUUCAAAAUUUUUAGGUAGUGAUGUUCUGGUUUUGAUCAGUCCUCUUUCUCAGAAUAAUUGCACUUCUUAAUUUGUAAUGUGACUAGAAAUUUUUGCAAAUGAGUCUCUUUAGGGAAGAGGCACAUUUAUUUCUUCUGUCUUUAUGGUUCUGCUUAGCAGCUCUCUGUGGUGUUUCCCCUUUUUUGGCCCAGUUUUCUCCCGCCAGGAAGGUGGGGGUUUGCCAUCAGCUUCAGUGGUAGCUGAGCACACUUGUUCUGAAGAAACACAAAGGAAAGUGUCCGCCAUGUGCUGUGGCAAAAACGCAGUUACGCUUUCAUUUUCUGGCAUCUGAAACGCCUGUGUGACUUGAGGUCACCUCAGAAUGUGCAUGUGAAAUACCUUUCAUUGGAGAGGAGAGAAACCAUACUGCACUGGGCUGCCUCUUAGGCUAAUUUUUCCCCCUAGUUAGAAUAAUGGAAUUACAGAAUGGCUUGGGUAAAAAGCCUAAAAAUCAUCUUGUUACAAUCCCUUUCUGUGGGCAGGGACAUCUUCCACUGGACUGUUGCUCCAAGCCCAUCCAACCUGGCCUUGAACAUUCUAGGAAUGGGGAAGCCACAACUCUGGGCAACCUGGGCCAGUGCCUCAGCACCCUCACACAGAAAAGUUUCUUCCAUAAAAAAAUUCAGAUACUCUUACACAGAGGCAUAAAAAGCUGCAGCCUCAGUGCUUUUUCCAGGCCUGACAAUUUGCUGAUUGUUUCACUACAUUUAGCACAGAUCUUCUGUGCCAGCCAUGCUUGAGAAGUGCUUUAGAAUAAAUUCUAAACCAUUAGUAACUGUAAACCACUCCCAUUUUUUUCCCAUAAGGGUUGUAGAUCAGAAGCAGCACUGGUACCAUCCAGCCUCAGCAGUAGCCAUAGUUUGCCAGACCUCCAGCUGAUUUAUUUGCCUCAGCAAGCAGCUACUGCAUCAUUUGUUGGCAUACUGGAAAGGAUCAACAGAGAAGUGGUCACUGGUUUAAUGUUACUUUGAAAACUUUCAAUAGUGAUAAUCAGUUGCAGCUCCACUGUACUCCAUUAAAAUGGCAUCAACCCUCAGAAAAAAUGACAAAAAAACCUCUAACUCCUUUUAUGCAACUCUGAAGUACCAGCACAGCAGAAAUACCUGUGUGCAGUGCACUGAGUUACAGCAACUUAACUCUCUUAAUUGUUGUUGCAGAAAUAAUAAAUUUGUAAAGCAGGAAAAAGAGGUGAUUCUUGCCAGCCUAAGUCCACUAAUGAAUUAAUAAUUGGAUUUUUUUUUAUUUUCUUAAGUCACCAGAGUGCAUGAAAGUUUGUAUUUCACAGAGUGCUCAGAAAAAGGUUACUUUUUUCCUAAUUCUGUGAUGUAUCAAUCUUCACCAGCUUGAAUGUACUGUUAGCUAUUGCAAAGCACAUGUGACUAAGUUUGCAUUCCUGUCAUGUUCUACUGGUUUUAUUAGAAUUUUCUCCUCCUUUAUAUAUUGCACCAUGCAUUGUAACUUUAGAAACUUUUCACUUUACUGAAUUAGCCUUAAAUGUGUUACCUUUUAGUUUCCUAGCAGCUGUAAAAUAGCUAUUUUUUGUUCAUUUGAUAUAGAAUUGUAAAAACUGCAUUUAUUUAUACAGAGGCAUAUAUAAUACUUAUUUUACAAAUGUUCUUAUAUUCUGAAUAAAUUUCUAAUGCUG